AAUUAUGGCAGACGAAACCACGUUGGAAACAGCUUUAGAAGGAUAUAAACAACAGAUAGCACAGGUGGAACUUGCAGUGGCAAGUUGUGUGAAUGAGGUGGCUGAUCCAGAGUUAUUGGAGCUGAAGGAGAACCUCUACGAGCUUGUCCAGCUAACAGAAGGUGCACUACUCUCAGCUAAGAAGAGCAAACUAUUGGGAAUGCUGAAUUCUGACGAUACCUUUCUUCCUAGCAGCAGCACCGAGAUUGAGGAAACGAGCAAUUUACAUCAAAGCGAGUCUGAAGAAUCUUUUGAUGACGAGGACGACAAUGAAGAUGUAUGUGGACGACAGUGUCGCGCUCCCUUUGAACACCCUUGGGGCAGUGUGGACCAUUACAACGCAAUCAUAGUCUGUCCUGAAAAUGACGAUCGUUGUGAAGAGGACGAUACCUACAAAGUUCGAGUUGUAUUCACUCAUCCUGUUACUGAGUCUAUGGUUCCUUGUCAGUAUUACCUCAGCGGCAAGUGUAAAUUCAGUGAUUCAGAUUGCAGGCGUUCUCAUGGCCAAGUUGUUGACAUCAACACUUUGGAGGAAUACGAGGAAGCCGACUAUACAAAACUCACAUUAGGAUCUCAUUGCUUAGUAAAGCAGGAGGAUGGCAUUUGGCAGCCGGGAACAAUUAAUGCAAUUGUUGAAGGUUGCUAUCAAGUAAAACUGAGUGCAGUAAACAAAGAUGUGGCAGCAAGUCCACAAGAGCUAUGGCCGCUUUGUCAGGAUGAUGAGACAGCUGAUGGUGAGAAUGAUCGGGAGAGUGAUAUAAAUGCAGAUGAUGAAAAUGACAGUCAGGGUGACCAACCUACACUUCGAACAUUGUCUACUGUUAGUAAUAGUUUUGGAGAAUGGGAAAAGCAUACAAGUGGCAUCGGUUCAAAAUUACUUCACAAAAUGGGCUUUCUAAAGGGACAAGGACUUGGACGAAGCAAAAAUGGAAUUAAAGAACCAAUCGACAUUGUAGUCUUGCCAACAGGGAAGUCAUUAGAUGUCUGUGCUCUGCUAAGAGAAAAGAACCGUUUACACAAGCCAUUCAAACGGAAGAAGGCGAAACUUGUACAAGAAACGACUGGGAGUGCGGCUAGUGUAUUCGACUUCAUUAACUACAAGUUGGGUUCAAAUAUUGGACAACCUGGUGUUCAUCCUCGAAAACACAAAUCGAAGGCAAAAGGGCCCGAAGGAGCCAGCUACUUUCACUUCGAUGAUGAUAUCCCCAUUAAGAAACAAAAGACAAAUGAUAGCAGAGGUAGUAACCUAAAACUAGAAGGAAACCUCAAUGUAAAACUUGUAAAGAUUCAAGAACAACUGAGAUCACUAGAAAAGCGGCUGACAUCACUGCAGCAGUCCCUUGACAGGAAUAUGAAUAAGGACAAGAAAAUGACAGCACACGUGCAAGAAAAAAUAACAGCAUGUGAAAGGGAACAGCAGCAACUGGCAGCAGAAGAAAAGAGAAUUCAAAGCAAAUUAAAGCAACAGUCAUCAGACAAGAAGCUACGAUGUUUCUAG